UACGGGCAAUGAAAACAUGUCUGCUCCCUCCAUGAGUAUCAACUUGGCUCGUCAAAUUAGGAAACUUAGAAAGAAACUGAGGCAAAUAGAAAAUCUAGAGAGAUUAGGAAGACAACUUUCAGAAGAGGAGCGUCUAAAGAUUGGGAAGAAGUCCCAGUUUCGGGAGAGACUACAGGAGUACCUGGCACAGGUGUCUGACGAUGAAGAUGUUGGUAAAUUUGACUCGUUCAACUCUCCUAAUGAAUCAUCCCUCGGCUCGGAUGAUUGGUCAACUUUUACAGAGACCGAGGCUGAAAUGACAGGAAUCGAAGAUCCCGCUGACAGUGACCAUGAGGACGUUGCCAUGGAAACAGAGCCAGAUGAAAAAAGGAGCCCUGAGAAGGAGAACCCGCCUGAGAAGGAGAACCCGCCCAAGAAGCACGAACCACCAGUUAUAAAACAGACCACGGAGAAAAUAGCACUUAAGAAAAAGAAGUCGGAUGUUCAAGAUCCUAUUCACAGUUUGAGGAAGAAAUGGAAGAGUUCAUUUUGUUUCAUCUCGGAGUAUCCAGACCACAGCGACAUUAUCAACGACCUCGUAGUUGAUGGGAGAAUCCUUGUCACAGCUAGUCGAGACACAACAUUGAAGGUAUGGGACCUCAAGGAAGGGAGACAACUCCGAAACCUUGGUGGACAUACUGGCAGUGUGACAACUGUGUUUCUGUUGUCAGAGCAAGCUUCACAAAAGUCAGGUUAUCUGGCUGGCAAGCCACCUCACCACAGGCUUGUCAUCAGCGGAUCAACAGACUGCUCCUUUAAGAUCUGGGACAUUGCAACAGGGGCCAUACUCAAGUCGGUGUACACCUACAACCCCAUCACCAGACUGGCCUGUAACCAGAAGGGCCUCAUUCUGACAGGAACAGACGGUGGCAAGAUGGAGAUAUGGGACAUGGAGACCGGGGAGAAUCUUCACUCUGUCAUCGCCUUUGAAGGAGCUGUCACUGCCAUAAAGAUGGCAGACAAUCACAUCUUCAGCACAUCGUCGACCGGUGUGGUCAAAGUGUUCCAGAUCAGAGAUAACAGCCUGGCGUGUAUGUAUGAGUCGGAGAACCUCAGAUCAGUGUCCGGAGCUCUGGUGACCCCGAGGUUCAUCCGAUCUCUAGCGGUGUUCAAGCACAUGGUGUUCUAUGGGGACGAUGCCAUCAACAUCAAGCUCCUGGAGUGGAAGAGAGGCAUCGUGAAGAAGUUACCGAACCACACAGACGAGUUUGCCUCUACUGACGCCAUCUGCUGCUUCGAGGACCUCCUUGUGGCCUCCAGCUACGACCUCGACAACGGCCUCGGCUACAUCAACAUUCGGUCUCUACCACACGGAGACUACCUCGCCACUCUUGAUGACGAAGACACGGAGAGAAUCAUCUGCCUGGGAUGUGCAAGAACAAAGUCUGGCAAUUUGGUGCUGGUGACCGGAGGAAUGCAGUUGAAGGUGUGGGAAAUAGAUGCCAUUCACCGUCCAUCUCAGGAAGACGAGGAGGAGGAAGAGAAUUACGUGCACUUUAUAUCCAGAUUAAAUCGUCCAGGACGUGACUCUGAUACAGAGUCAGAUUCUGAUCUCAGUGACACCGACCUUGACCCUGAUGUGGAUGAAGAUGAAAAUGACGGCCCAAGCGAGGAUCUGUCAUUCAAGAAAGAGGAGGAAAAAGGUUCAUGGCUGUCAUAUUGUGCAAUUUUGUAAAACAUGUCGGAAAAUGAAGGUUCUGUUAGAUCUUGAACCGACAUUAAAUUUCAGAAUGAUGUUGCACCCAGAUGACCUUUCUGUACUCAUGUCAGUUGCGAUGGUUACAGCUGGUUCCAUCAAAAAAGAAAGUUGCAUCAAGAAACAAACUUACUUAUGAAAUCAGGUGUCAGAAUCAUUUCCUAGAUGGAUCUCCCUAACUCCCUAUGUAUGUAUUUCCCAUCUAUAUGUUAUGACUGUAUCGUGCAGAUUUAAUCAUUAGUCUGUAUUCAGCCUGCAGUGCUAUCAGCCUUACCUUUGGUCAAACACUUCUUGGAUAAGAGGGGGGGACGUAUGGCCCAGUUGUCUUAGGCGCUGCGAUUCGCUGUGCAGAGUUGCGUCCCUUGGGCAAGCCAGAAACCUAUGAUUGUGGGUACGAUUCCCAGUUUGCCCCGAUUAUGUUUCUAGG